CCGUGGACAGGACUUCAGUAAGCUUACGAUCUGCGAUAAUAUCACAACAGGUUGUGCUGGAUUUGGCUGAAUUGUGCGUGGAAUCACAUCACAAACAGACGAAAGCGGCUUCGAGAAUUUCUAGGAUAGCAAGAUACUCCACAGUGCAUGUAAAUGUAACUAUUUGAAUGCGAGCAAAAUAAUCGACAUGAAAGAUAUUAAUGAAAGUGUGCUGAAGCUGGCAGACAGCAUUCACUAUGGAGAAAUUAAGGACACUCACAAUAUCGUGGUGGCUACUAUCUCUGUGCUUAAGGAAAUUAUCAACAAUACAGAAUGGAAUACAGCAAAGGAUUUAAUGGAUAUUGUCAUACAAAAUGGAAAGUAUCUCAUUAAAACGCUUCCUCUUGAAGCAUGUAUAGGAAAUAUGGUAAGAAGGAUAUUGCAGAUUAUUAGGGAAGAAUAUACUUCAGAAUUGAAGAGUAAAUCAGACGAGACAUAUCCCCAGGAAUCUUUGCACAAAAUUCUUACUGCUGAGGAUAACCAGCAGAUAGAUUUCAACGUUCCGAUACCUUUCCUAAAAGCCUCUCUUAUCGAACACAUUAAUGAAUUUGAAACCGAAUUGGAAACAUGCUCAGAAAAUAUCACACGACAAGCAUCCGAACAUAUACACUCAAACGAAAUUAUAAUGACCAUUGGCAAGUCUAAGUUGGUAGAGGAAUUUUUCAAAAAAGCUGCUGCUACCAGAGCCUUCGAUGUUAUAGUAGCUGAAGGCGGACCAUUUUUAAACGGUCACGAGAUGGCAGUGAAUCUGGCUAAGGCAAAAAUCAAGACCACACUGAUAUCGGAUGUAGCGAUCUUCGCGAUGAUGUCCCGAGUCAACAAAGUCAUCAUCGGCACUCACACAGUCAUGGCAAACGGUGGACUUCGAGCGAUCUCGGGUGCACACAUUGUCGCGCAAGCCGCCAAGCACUAUUCUGUUCCAGUAAUGGUUUUGCUGCCCCUCUACAAACUGGCGCCCCUUUAUCAUUGCUCGGGCAAACAGAAUGGCUUUAAUUGUCAAGUUUCGCCAACGAACGGCGUAAUAGAUAGUGCUAACGCACCAUUGCUAGAACGGAUACAUGCUUACAAUCCUGUGUUCGAUUACGUUCCACCUGAACUUGUUACACUAUUCAUUUCGAAUACAGGUGGAAAUGCGCCGUCCUAUGUAUAUAGAUUGCUUAGUGAAUUGUACCAUCCUGAUGAUUAUGAAUUAUAACAAAUUGUAUACGUAAACUAA